AUCGUAAAGCUGCCAGAAACUUUUAUGCCACAAUUAAGCACCUGCUACGACAGAGCAAAUAAGCCAAAUCAUGCGGCUGGCAGGCGAGCUUUACGUGUUCCUUCCCCGUGACCCACUCGAAGACGGAAGCUAAAAGCUGCAGCUCAGCAGCUUGCAGUUUUCAUUCCAGCACAAUGCAGGGAAAUUAAUAGCUUUCCCCAAGAAGGCGACAGCCUCAUUGCUAGCUUCCAGGGUCCCUGUGGAAUACGGAGACUCACCAGGGAGAAGCAUAUGCCAGACUUAAAAAACAAAAGGACCCCCCAGACAAGUACUCCAGAUUUCUUCUGCUAUGGAGAGAGAGAUUCCUGUCUUACGAGUUAGGUCCCAGUUAAUGGAUUCUGACAUGGAUUAUGAGAGGCCAAACGUAGAAACUAUCAAGUGCGUCGUGGUUGGGGACAACGCGGUGGGCAAGACUCGGCUCAUUUGUGCCCGCGCCUGCAAUGCCACGCUGACCCAGUACCAGCUUCUCGCCACCCACGUGCCCACGGUCUGGGCCAUUGACCAGUAUCGUGUUUGCCAGGAGGUGCUGGAGCGCUCCCGAGAUGUGGUGGAUGAUGUUAGUGUGUCCUUGCGCCUCUGGGAUACCUUUGGGGACCACCACAAAGAUAGACGCUUUGCUUACGGAAGGUCUGAUGUUGUGGUUUUAUGCUUCUCCAUUGCUAACCCGAACUCCCUGCACCAUGUUAAGACCAUGUGGUAUCCAGAGAUCAAGCAUUUCUGCCCCCGAGCACCUGUCAUCCUGGUGGGCUGCCAGCUUGACCUUCGCUAUGCCGACCUGGAAGCCGUCAAUCGAGCCAGACGACCCUUGGCCAGGCCAAUCAAACCCAAUGAGAUUCUGCCACCAGAGAAGGGGAGGGAGGUGGCCAAGGAGCUGGGCAUCCCCUAUUACGAGACCAGCGUGGUAGCCCAAUUCGGUAUCAAGGAUGUCUUUGACAAUGCCAUCCGAGCUGCCCUUAUCUCCCGCCGGCACCUGCAGUUCUGGAAGUCCCACCUCCGCAACGUCCAGAGGCCACUGCUCCAGGCCCCUUUCCUGCCUCCCAAGCCACCCCCACCCAUCAUCAUGGUCCCAGACCCCCCUUCCAACAAUGAGGAGCACCCAGCCCACCUGCUGGAGGACCCACUGUGUGCAGAUGUCAUUCUAGUGCUGCAAGAGAAGAUCAAAAUCUAUGCCCACAAGAUCUACCUCUCCACCUCCUCCUCCAAGUUCUACGACCUGUUCCUGAUGGACCUGAGUGAGGAGGACCAGCAGGGGGCAGCUGGGGGCAGUUCCAGGGUUGCCGUCUCCACCGCUGCCACCGAGCGGACGCUGCACCAGGAGGAGAGGCACCAUGGGCGUGACUUCCUCCUCCGAGCUGCCAGCUUCGACAUCUGCGAAAGCACCGAGGAGUUCAGCUCCAGCCAGCGUCCACCGUGCCUUAGACCCUCCACCAGCGACGGGAUCCUGCGAGGCAACAGCUACGAGAAAGGGCAGCGCGGGCUGAGGCGGGGGAGGAUCCUGUCUUCCUGGAGCCGUGCCUUCGUCAGCAUCCAGGAAGAGAUGGCCGACGACCCCCUGACCUACAAAUCCCGGCUUAUGGUGGUGGUGAAGAUGGACCCUUCCAUCCAGCCCGGACCCUUCCGGGCGGUGCUCAAGUACCUGUACACGGGGGAGCUGGACGAGAACGAGCGGGACCUCAUGCACAUUGCCCAUAUCGCUGAGCUGCUGGAGGUCUUCGACCUCAGGAUGAUGGUGGCCAACAUCCUGAACAACGAGGCGUUCAUGAACCAGGAGAUCACCAAAGCCUUUCACGUCAGGAGGACCAAUCGUGUGAAGGAGUGCCUGGCCAAAGGGACUUUCUCUGAUGUCACCUUCAUCCUGGACGAUGGUGCUAUUAGUGCCCACAAGCCCUUGCUCAUCUCCAGCUGUGACUGGAUGGCUGCUAUGUUCGGGGGUCCUUUUGUGGAGAGCUCCACCCAAGAGGUGGUGUUCCCUUACACCAGUAAGAGCUGCAUGCGGGCUGUUCUUGAGUACCUGUACACUGGCCAGUUCAGCUCCAGCCCGGACCUCGACGACAUGAAGCUCAUCAUCCUGGCCAAUCGGCUGUGUCUGCCACACCUGGUGGCUCUCACAGAGCAGUACAUGGUGGCGGGCCUGAUGGAGGCAUCGCAGAUGUUGGUGGAUAUCGAUGGGGACGUCCUCGUGUUCCUGGAAUUGGCGCAGUUCCACUGUGCGUACCAGCUUGCAGAUUGGUGCCUUCAUCACAUUUGCACCAACUACAACAAUGUCUGUCGGAAGUUCCCCCGGGAUAUGAAGGCCAUGUCAGCAGAGAACCAGGAGUACUUUGAGAAGCACCGCUGGCCGCCGGUCUGGUACCUGAAGGAAGAGGAUCACUACCAGCGGGCCAAGAAGGAGCGCGAGAAGGAAGACUACCUCCACCAGAAACGGCAGCCCAAGAGGAGGUGGCUUUUCUGGAACACAUCCUCGUCCCCUUCUGCCUCCCCUUCCUCAUCAGCAGCCACAGCCUCCUCCUCCUCCUCUUCAUCGUCGUCGUCCUCCUCAGCUGUGGUUUGAUAGCUCCCAUUGCCCUCACUCCAGUGUCCCUGUGAGAAGGUGGCAGCCGACCGACUGACCCGUACCAGCAUCUAGUCCACCAGGCUUGGAGUAGACACCACCAGCUAAACCCUUCAGUGGAGAAUGUGGGAAAAGAGUCCUUGGUAGAGUGCGCAGGUACCAUAUAGGGGGGCUCAGAACCAUGAGUCUCUGGAUCCCCUUAGGAGUUCUCCAGGGUCCUGAUCCCUGCUGUAGUUGCUCUGGCUGGAGACAAGAACAGGGUGGUUGUUAGAGCAGGGCCCCCACGGCGGGUUGCUGGCAUGCAGAAGGCUUUGCAGAGACUCAUCAGCAGGAGAACCUCACAUUUACCAGAGCGUGAGCUUUCUUUUGUUUUAAAACCAAUAUUCUACAAGGAGAAAAAUGAAAUUCCUUUGGGUUCUGCUUUUAUUUUUUAACUGGAGGUUGUGUCUUGUUUUGUCCGAUGGUGACUCACUCCUCCUCACCCCUGGGACAUUUCAAGCCGGAGCAGGAACAUGCCCUGAGAUUUCCGCUGGGGCUCCUUUGACAGGGAGCAGGCCUGUCUCUCUUUGCACUUAACAGCCUGGCUCUGGCCUCUGGAACAUUUGCUUAGGCAGGAUGCACCUUCUGGGACCAGCCUAAGCCUGUACAACCUUCCAGGAAAGCCCCAUGGACACCUAAGCAGAUUCAGCCUAGGAAUCAGUCUCCCUUUGCUGCAGGUGGAGAGUAUAUUCACAAAGCAGCCAGCUCCUCCACCGACUGAGAACCCCACCCCAGUCCUCUGCCUUCCUUCCUGCUUAGUGAGCUCUCCCAGGAGGAUCUUGCAUUGAACAAUCCCAGCUGGGGUCUGCUGUGAUUCUGUGACAAGGCUGUGGGUUUAGCCAGGAUCAGGUGGAGAGCUGGGGAUGAUGAGCUGAGAAGCGGCCUACCCAGAGGACUGUUUUGGGACAGGCUGCUUCUGUACCAAUGUGGAACCCUAGCCUCUGACUUCUUUUUUAAAGACCCCUCACAAACACACAGCCCCAACUCUCCCAUUGGUUGGGAUUUUAGCUCUGAAGGCUCCGUUGUAAUAAAUGGUAUUUUAAAGACUAGCAUGGUCCCUGUGUGUUUGGAAGGAAGUAGGUGCUGCUUGGGAAGGCAAGGCCUGCCUGCAGCUGUGAAUCUCAGUCCUGACUGAUCACUCCCAGGCCCCUACCAAGCCAGCCACACACCCAGCCAAGCCACAGACUGGUUGGAGGAUGUUUAAGGCAAGGCACCUGAGCUCCACCACUCACAUGAAAUAGUUUAACAGCAGAGCCAUCAAUCAACCUUACACAGGCAAAGUUCCCAUUAAAGUCAGCAGGAGUUUUGCUAGAGGGCUGCAUAAUACUAUUUAGCAGGCUCCAUCCAUAGAGGCACAGAGUGGUUGAUUUGCCAUCAGCUGAAUCCAAAUCAGGCAUAAAACUCCAUGUUAAGGAGCCAGCAUCUAGUCUAGUGCCCUCUCCAUUUGAAUGUGGUGCCUCAGGGCCGGGAGUCAGGGAAACAAGGCAAAGGGAGAGAACAUGUGUGCUUUGGCAGAGUAAUCACUUUUGGAAAGGGGGCAUUGGCAACCUGGUCUGGCCCUGCCUAGCAGGUGUUAAAGAGCUAUCCCACACAGCAGAUUUGGAGGAUGCUAGUUUCAUAUACAGGUGUCUUGAGGGAUCAUAUUUUUACACCUAGGUGGGGUUACUCUGCUCCCCCCCAGAGGGCAGGGACAGUUGCAGAAUAGUGUGCAUUUUACACUCACUACCCCACCUGGAGCAGAGGGCCAGUUCCACUAUGAGUCAUAGUCACCUCCACAAGGCUGGGCUACACCCAAGCAAUAACUGACAAGGGAGAUGGUGAGGAAUUGGGGUCUAAUCCAACAGCCAUGCAUUCAGAGGGAUGACAACUAGAAUGGAGUCAGGGAGCUCUGAGGGCAACAAUCCUGUUUAUGUGCUUUGGCAGCAUGAUUUAACAACCAAGACCUAGGAGGUGGGCAAGGGCAGGAUGGGGCUGCCUAUUCCCUCUCUGUACAAAGGGUCAGUUAUUCUUUUGCUGGUCCCCUCCCUGGGAGGGGCACUUAUCUUCUGCCCACUUGAUGUGCACAUCUGCUUCCACCUCCCAGUCAGUUAAGAUCCACUUCAGCAUCUGCACAAGGCAGUGCUUUGAGCACAGGAAAAAAAAGUCAACCUUACGCCCAAUGGCAUGCUAGCCUUAGGAGCCAGCCUCUCCCUCUGCAAUGAUGGGGAAGUUGGUAGGGGAUACAGCACCCAGAUGUCACCCUCUGGUUGUGUCUCAUUUGAAACAUGCCAACCUUUCCUUAGAAGUCAGACCUGUGUUAAGCUCCCUAGGGUGCAGUUUCUCUACAACCUGGGUUAGUGAAGAUGCAGCAAUUUAUUAAGAGAGCAUCAGUGCUGGUUUUGAUACUACACAAACCUAUCAAGGAGGCCCCACUCCCACCUCCAGCUGCAGAAAGCUUAUUACAGUGGAUGACUUUGCUUCUGCCAGGCAAAUGUUGGUUUUGACACAAAACAAGGUGGGUUUGGGGCAAGUGCCACUGAAAGUCUGAUUCUCCUUUGCCAUGCACCUGAUGUAAUUUACAGCUGUGCCACAUGGGUGUCAAAUGUCAUAGGACUGUUAAUUGGUUAGUGGAGAGAGGAGAGAUGCAGAUACCCAGGAGCAAGAGUUUGCUAUGCUGUGGUUACUACCAUGAAGGGGAAAGCCAGUGUGGAAGGAUCAUAACAUAAGUCACAAUGAACUGUGUGAACCAGACGAUGUAAAUGUGUGAGCUCUGUAGAUACACACCAGCUCCAUCUCCACUGAAACCCAGACCACUACGUCAACAUUGUGGCUGAAGGCUGUGAGCAGGGGGGAAGAAUGAGACAUUUUAGCGUAUAAAAAAAGUUUAUUCUUCCUUCAUACAAGUAAUGUAUAAAAACUGGAAAUAUU